AUGGCUUUCAAAUAUCACGACGAUUGGCAAUCAAGCAAGAAAACAGUCUUACAAAGAAACGCGUAUAUGUUUGAUAACGAAUUGUUGAGCGAUGUAUCUUUCACUUGUGGGCAAUCAAGCCGCAUAUUUCAUGCUCACAAAUACGUGCUUGCCACGAGCAGUGCUGUGUUUUAUGCCAUGUUCUACGGGAAUUUAGCUCAGAAUAAAUCUCUCAUUUGCAUCCCAGACGCGGAGGAAGACAGCUUCGAAGAGUUUCUGCGUUUUCUCUACACUGAUCAUUGUAAAAUUACUAGUGCGGAGAACGCGAUACAAGUUAUGUAUUUGGCUAAGAAAUAUAUAAUUUCGUCUUUGGUAGAGAAAUGUUGCAAGGUUCUAGAGGUAAGCAUUAAGCCUGAUAACGUUUUCGCGGUGAUGGCGCAAGCAGUUCAAUUUGAUGAAAAAGAGUUGGAAGCAAAGUGCUGGGGAGUUGUUUCUCUGCACACUCAGGAAUGCAUAAACUCGGAAGCAUUCUGUAAUAUUGCAUCACAUACACUAAAUACUUUGUUAAAGAAAGAGACGUUGGCAAUAUCAGAAGUGGAAUUGUUCAAGGGAGUAUUGAGAUGGACAGACAGCGAAUGUGCAAGACAGGGUAUAAAUAUAGAAGAAGACAAAACAGCAAGAAGACGGGUUCUAGGGGAUAGUGUGUAUGAAAUUCGUUUCCUUGCAAUGUCACAGAAAGACUUUGCAAAACAUGUCUCCACUACUGGGAUACUCACAGACGCAGAGAGUGUGUCUAUUUUUCAAAAAUUUAACGGUUUAGAUGUGGCAGGCUUGAAAUGGGAGGAACAUACAAAAAGACAGCCUCCGCCUAUAGUCAGUUUCAGCAGAUUUGAUCUUGGCAAUAUUAGUCGCGAGAAUUGGAGUUAUAAUGGAGGUUCCGAUGCUCUUACUUUGACUGUCAAUAAAUCUGUUUUCUUUCAUGGUGUUCGCUUGUUUGGUGACUCCCGUGGUAGUCAAUACGAAGUCAAGUUUGCAAUCAAAGAUGAAAAUAUAACAGACACCUAUACUUCAGCAGCAGACAAUGACGGUGUAUAUUGGUAUGACGUUAUGCUGCCUAAACCAGUAUCAUUACUGCCAGGGGAAGACGUUACAAUAAUUGCGACAAUAACAGGACCAGAGUCUUACAAAGGUAUCAAUGGAAAAUCAUCAGUGAAAGUCGAUGACAUUGUUGUAACGUUUAAAAACGCACCUGCUUUCAUUUCAAGUUGUACGAAUAAAACUUGCGGUCAGUUUUACAAAAUUUUCAUUUCUAAAUCAGAAAAUCUAUUUUAACGUUUGAUAUAAAUAAUGUAAGACAAAGUAUAAAUAUUGAAGACUGAAGAUAAAACGGCAAGAAGACAGGUUCUAGUAAUCUAGGAGAUAAUGUGUAUGAAAUUCGUUUCCUUGAAAUAUCACAGGAAGACUUUGAAAAUUAUGUAUCUUUUACCGGAAUACUUACAGACACAGAGAUCACCUGUAUUCCUGAAAAGCUUGACGGACUAGAUGUGAAAAAUUUGAAAUGGAAAGAGCAUGAAAAAUGGCGGUAAACAGUUAUUUUCAGCCGAAUUGACUCUGCCAAUGUUAAUGACGAAUUUUGAAAAAAGUAUUACAAUGGAACCGAUUCCGACGCCGUUGCUUUUACUGUCAAUAAAGCUGUUCUCUUUCAUAGUGAUCGCUUGUUUGGUUCUAUGGUAGCCAAUAUGAAGUAAACUUUACGGUUAAAGACAAAGAUCAAAAUAUAAAAGGAUGCUACACUUCAGAGGAAGACAUUGACGGCGUAUCGGGUUCAACGAUGUCAUGUUAUCAAAACCAAGUCCUCUAG